AAGCCUUUUUCGAAUAACACGGACUUUUCAUUGUUUUUUAUGCCAAUAGGUCCACCAACCAUCAAGGCAAAAAGUGUACAGUACGGAGAGUUGGGACAAAAAGUUGAAGUAGAAUGUAGCAUCUAUUCGGUACCAAGUCCGGCUAAGAUAACAUGGACCAAAAAUACUCAAGUGGUCGAGGUUGACAACACACACGGCUAUGAAAUCGUGACACAACCCCUAACGGACGGUGUUCGAAACCUUCUCAUAAUUCACAACGCCGAAAAAGGAGACUUUGGCACAUAUAACUGCUCAGUCUGGAAUGACUUCGGGCAUGACAGCAUGUUAAUAUUGUUGAAACGGCAAGAGCACAUACCUACGUUAAUCGUAAUCGCUGGAGUUAUUGGUGGAGUAUUUCUCGUCGUAUCAGUCACGAUUGUUGUAAUCCUAUGUCUUCGCAAGAAAUCACUUUCUAAAGGAAAAGAAUUUGGUUCUGAAAAGCAAGGAAGACCGACAGAUACCGUGUCUUCUCGGGAGUCUGACAUAGAAAUUGAAAUUCGCACAAACUCGUCAUUGCCGAACGACAACGAUCAAAGUUGGGAUGAUACAAGCGACAAAACUCGCAAAGAAAUACAUGACUAUUACAACUAUACAAAGGACUAUUCCGGAUCGAGUCUUCCUUCCAGUAUGAAAAGUCAGAGCUCGAACGGAUAUGGUCCUUACAUAGAUUACAGAAGAGAGUUUUCAAAAAGGCACCCUGGAAUUUCGAGCCGACCAUCUUACUAUUUGGGCGACACCAGUUUCCAUGGUAAUCGACAUCAGGCGGAUUAUUCUAACUCCUACAUUGAGAGCUCCCAUCCAGACCUUCUCCUUCCGCAAAGAACCCACCUUCGAGACAGAAUUUACAGCCCAAUAUUUUCUCCCAAACUCUACAUCACUGCUCCUCCUAGUCACGCUGGCUUUAGAACAGACUCCAUAGCAACGAACGUGUGAUGACCCUGACGAGUAGAGAUAUGAUACCAUAUUGCAGUCUUCGAGUGAAGCCUAAAGACCGAAAUAUUUCGUUGUACCAAAACCAAUAUAAAGCUUUGUGGUGAUGGAGAUGCUGCUUCUACGAAUAACUCACUAUUAAAAUAAAUGGAGCUUAUGACUUAUAAUAUACAGUAGUAAAACUGCUUACAGUUUUCAGCUAACUCUAAUUAUUCUGAAGUUUUUUAACUAGAAAUUCCAUUGAAGUUAUUGACAUAAAACUAAUUACCAAUUUUCCAAAGUACGUUUCAUAAUAGGUAUUAUUCUUUGUCAAGACAUGGCUAUUCUUUAACCAGGUUUCAACGUAGACUUGGCACCAAUAUUGUGAGAAUACACUACCUAAUUUCGUUCGAGGUUUAAACAUUAACUUUGAAAGAUUAUACCUGUUAAUCUUCUUUAAUUGGUCAAUAGACUUAAUAAGACCGAUACUGUUAACAUUACUAGCAAUACAGCUCAACAUUUCCACUUAACGGGAAGCAGUCCAAACAAAUCAUACUGUUAGGGAAUCAAACAUAAUCUUAAUAAUUACUAGGCUUAAAGAAGCAGCACACUGAUUGUUUUCUGAACUUAACGUUACGCCAGUUUUAAACAUUGAUGGUAUCUUGAAAUAGCGGUCAUUCCACACAAAUGACAGAUAUUAGUAUUCUCAGAACGUUUUGUUGGAGUUUACAUGAUUAUUGUCUGUAAUGCGUUUCAGUAAAGCUUUCGAACGUCUUCCUUUGGUGGAUUAUUAAAUAAUGAUUUGACUAAAUAUAAAAUUAGUAUUGUUACAUAACUCGUUGAGUGAAAGAUGGUUUGUUAACUUAGACAUUGAACCUCAUAAGACUGUGACGUUUCGAUAGUACUUUAUUGUUAACAAUGUUGAUAAAAUGUGAAUAUUAAAUUAUUUUCAAAAACAGAAAACGUGUAACUAUUUCUGAGUUCCAGCUAGUGGUUCUUCGUCGUGCUUCUAGUAAAAAAUCUUAAUUAUUGACUGCUUCGUAUUUAAACUUUGUGCUUCCGUUUACUAUGCUGUAUUUCCUCUUUUAACGUGUUUUAUGUUAAAAUGUGUAUCUACAAGUGUGGUUAGAAACAAAACUGACUUCUAUAGAUCAAUCUAAGUUUGAAAUAGUGUGUGGUUUCUAUUAAUGAAUACCAGUUACUGGUAUCAGUGAACCUGAAACAAGGAACAAGCAUUAACAGCCCAAAUGGAUCCGAAACAUCCGUUUGCAGGACUUCUAUAACUACCAGUCAUUGGUAUCAGUGAAUCUGAAACAAGGAACAAGCAUUAACAGCCCCAAAUGGAU